AUGUCUACUACGAAUUCAUUAUAUGUAGCAUCAAAGACAUACACUAAUCUUCCAACAAGCUCUCUGUUUGUUUCCCAACGCCAUGUUGUUGGUGUACGGCAUUUGGAAUUCACUUAUCUAUUCCAGCUAAUGUUCCGACCAAUGGAAACGAAGGGGCAUGAGGAUGUUGAAUAUGCCCUUUCUGUUGUUGGCUGUUCUCCCAUGGCAACACAACGUGUCUAUCAUUCACUGCUUCGCCCUCCUACUUUACAGCCGCUGUUACGUUGCUCGAGCUACCACGACUCUUCCGCCCCCACAUGCUGGAAUGAGCUUCAAGCCUUCGAGUCCAAGAGGCGCUCUUGUGCUGAGAAAUUCGUGGGAAAAUAUGGCGUGACAUACUGGGGUGCUGAAACCCGCAAGAUGUACCUGCUGCCAGAGGCUUUCAAAGAGCCUGAAUCUCUCUGUACUUACCCCGAGCGGAAAGAAGAGUAA